AUGGCUGCUCGUCUUCCUCUUGCGCGCCUUGCUGGCCAGCGCCUCACCACUUUGUCCCGGGCGACUCGGGCGACGAGUCGGUUGAGCGGUGCCCAGAGCCUAUCCACUCUGACGCGCUCCAACACCUUCCCCAGGGCCGCUGGUCUGUUGCAGGUCUCUACAAGCAACAAUGUUUCGCGCAACCUCGCUCCCUUCGCGGGCUCCCAAAUUCGCACAUAUGCCGAUUCCAUCGUCAAGGUCCCCCAGAUGGCCGAAUCGAUCACAGAGGGUACCCUGAAGCAAUUCUCUAAACAGGUCGGCGACUACGUGGAGCGCGACGAGGAGAUUGCUACGAUCGAGACCGACAAGAUCGAUGUGUCCGUCAAUGCGCCCGAGGCUGGUACCAUCAAGGAGCUUCUUGUCAAUGAAGAGGACACCGUGACUGUCGGCCAGGACUUGGUCAAGCUCGAGGUCGGCGGUGCCGCCCCCGAGGCCAAGAAGGAGGAGUCUGCCUCCCAGGAGCCCAAGGAGCCUGCUUCUACCGAGAACGAGAAGCCCAAGGAGACCGAGAAGCCCAAGGAGACCCCCAAGGAGGCCCCUAAGGAAUCCUCCAAGCCUGCUGCUCCUCCCAAGGAGUCUUCCCCCAAGAAGUCCGAGUCCCCCAAGCCCGCUCAGACCGAGUCCAAGCCCGCCAUUGGCGGCCGCGAGGAGCGUCGUGUCAAGAUGAACCGCAUGCGUCUUCGCAUUGCUGAGCGUCUGAAGCAGUCUCAGAACACUGCUGCUUCGCUGACUACCUUCAACGAGGUUGACAUGUCCUCGCUGAUGGAGUUCCGCAAGCUCUACAAGGAUGAGGUCCUCAAGAAGACCGGUGUCAAGCUCGGCUUCAUGAGCGCCUUCUCCCGCGCGUGCGUGUUGGCCAUGAAGGAUGUCCCCGCCGUGAACGCCUCCAUCGAGGGUCCUAACGGUGGUGACACCAUUGUCUACCGCGACUACGUUGACAUCAGCGUUGCCGUCGCGACCGAGAAGGGUCUGGUUACCCCGGUCGCCAUCGCCGACCUGGGCAAGAAGGCCCGCGACAACAAGCUGACCAUUGAGGAUAUGGCCGGUGGUACCUUCACCAUCAGCAACGGUGGUGUCUUUGGUUCCCUGAUGGGUACUCCCAUCAUCAACCUGCCCCAGACUGCUGUUUUGGGUCUCCACGCUAUCAAGGAGAAGCCCGUCGCCAUCAACGGCAAGGUCGAGAUCCGCCCGAUGAUGUACCUUGCCCUCACCUACGACCACCGUCUUCUGGACGGCCGUGAGGCUGUCACUUUCCUCGUCAAGGUCAAGGAAUACAUCGAGGACCCCCGCCGCAUGCUCCUCGGCUAA